AUGAUUGAAACAAUUAAAAUAGUUUGUAAUGGAGACUUAAAAGUAGGAAAAACCAGUUUUAUUAAAGUUUUUAUUGAUGAUCUUUUUCCAGAGGUUUACCAAGAAACAAUUCUUUGUUCAAUAGAUUAUAAAAAUUUCGAAAUUGGGAAUAAAAAAUUUAAACUGCAAAUUUGGGAAGAUAAUUUUGGUUAUAGAGGUUGCUUCCCUAAUGAAAAAAGAUUGAUUGAAAAUACAUCAAUUGCAUUUUUGAUUUAUGACAUUACAAAUUUACAAUCAUAUCAAAGUAUUUUAAGAUAUUGCAAUGGUUUUUUUAAUGAGAAAACAAUAGUUACACUUGUAGGAACAAAAUUAGAUAUAGUAGAUUUAGAUAACAGUAAAAGAAAAGUACCUAAAGAAGUAGUAAAAGAAAACUCAAUGCUAUUCGGUUAUGACUACUUUGAAAUUUCUUCAAAAUAUAACAUAAAUGUUCACAAUUGUUUUUUAAAACAAAUAUCAAAAUUAAGUUUAAUAAAUGACAAUAUAAAUAUAAAUAUAAAUAAUGACAAAAAUAAUACAGCAUUUAAUAAUAAUAUAUAA